UCAGGGCCACAUGGGGUGGGGAGCAAAGCCCUGCGGGGGUGACGCGGCCUCUCUGUUCCCGCAGGAGUCAGGCGAUGAUGAGUACAAGGGUGAUCAGUCAGAGAGCGAUGAUGAGGUGGACUCGGACUUCGACAUCGAUGAGGGCGAGGAGCCGACCAGUGACCAGGACGAGAGCGAGCCCAAGCGGCGGUGCCGCGUCGUCACCAAGGCCUACAGGGAGCCCAUCAAGAGCCUGCGACCCAAGAAGCCGGACACUCCCAGCAGUAGCUCCCAAAAGGCCCGAGAGGUGAAAUCCACCCCCUUGGAGCUCCAGGAUGAAGUGGGAGACAGUGAAUGUCGGAAGCACAUGCGGCAGUCAACGACAGAACACACGCGCCAGACCUUCCUCCGCAUCCAGGAGCGGCAGGUGCAGUCCAAGCGCAAGAAGGGUGGCCCCAACUAUGACCGCCCGCUGACGCAGGAGGAGUUGCUGGAGGAGGCCAAGAUCACAGAGGAGAUCAACCUCCGUUCCCUGGAGAAUUAUGAGCGCCUGGAGGCCGACAAGAAGAAGCAGGUUCAGAAGAAGCGGAAAUGCGUGGGGCCUGUCAUCCGCUACUGCUCCGUCACCAUGCCCCUCAUCACAGAGUUGGGCAAGGAGGAGAAUGUGGAUGUAGAGGGGUUGGAUCAAGACCUGCAGCAGGCAGAAGCAGUGCCAGCUGUGGCUCCGUCCUCUGCUGGGAAGUGUUCCCGUACCUUCAUCACCUUCAGCGACGAUGAGACCUUUGAGCACUUCUUCCCCAAGGCGAAGCAGCCCCGGCUGCCUGUGCGUGAGAUCUGCCCUGUCACCCACAAGCCGGCCGUCUACCGCGACCCCAUCACCGACAUUCCCUACUCCAACAUCCGUGCCUUCAAAAUCAUCCGCGAGGCCUACAAGAAAUACAUCACAGCGCAUGGGCUGCCCAGCGCUGCUGCCUCUGCUGCCCUGGGGACUGGUUCCCCUGGCCCUGACCCCAAUGUGCGUGCUACCCGCCAGAAGAUCAUCAUCAAGCAGAGCGUCCCGGCAACCUGAGUGCCAGUGCGGGGCUGGCAGGGCUCACAGCCAUGUUUGGGUGGCUCUGAGUUGAGGCCUCUCCUCUCUGUGUUUUGACUCCUGGGUGAUGGUUCAUUGUUCUAUUUAUCUACUUUAUACUGUUUUUUAUAUUAAAAAGAAAUAAAUCCUAGGAGCAGCUGUAUAAUAAAGCCAGUAUCUGCUGACUGUCUUUUCUGCCAGUAAGCAAGCAGCGUCUGCAAUG